GAUUAAAAAUUUAUAUCAAACAUUACUAACUUAUAUUUUCCUAUUUCUUUUCCUUUUAGCACUAGCCGCCGCAUUAGCUGGCAUGCAACAGCGUGAAGAAGUUGAUCGUUCAUUAUCGUUAUCGCCACCCAUGUCUGCCAAUACAUCCGCCAACACAGCCAUGUAUCCCGGUCUACAACAAGCCGCCGCAGCCUCUGCCUUCGGCAUGCUCUCACCCACACAAUUGUUGGCUGCCAACCGCCAAGCAGCAGCUGCCUUCAUGGCCGCCCAAUUACCCAUGUCCACAUUGGCCUCCACAUUGUUCCCUCAUCAUCCCGCCACAUUGUUCGGUUCCUGGGCCGCUGGCAAUCCCGCCGCCGCCGGUCUAGCUAUGGGAGCCCCUCACUCACCACCUGCCUCACCUCACUCGCCCAUCAAUGUGAACACACCUAGCAGCGGCAAACACUCGUUGAGCAUGACUUCACCCACGGCCUCGAUGCAGUGCGACAUGCCCGCCAAGAAAGCCCGCAAAAUCAAUGUCAAGAAAGAUUUGAUCUCGCCCAGCAUGGAAAUGUCAAUGAGUGUCAGCGAUAUGUACAACAUGCCCGGUCCCAUUUCACCACCCUCAUCUGGCUCCUCACCCAACAGCUCGUCUCAUGAUGUGUCCAGCCCUGCCGGUAAUGGUCAAAAGGAUGGUGCCUCCCGUGACAAGAGCUUCACCUGCAAAAUUUGCUCCCGCUCAUUCGGCUACAAGCACGUCUUGCAAAACCACGAACGCACCCACACUGGCGAAAAACCAUUCGAGUGCCCCGAAUGCCACAAGCGUUUCACCCGUGAUCACCAUUUGAAGACCCACAUGCGUUUGCACACUGGCGAGAAACCCUAUCACUGCUCGCACUGCGAUCGCCAAUUCGUUCAAGUUGCUAACUUGCGUCGCCACUUGCGUGUCCACACUGGCGAAAAGCCCUACACUUGCGAAAUUUGCGAUGGUAAAUUCAGCGACAGCAACCAAUUGAAAUCCCACAUGUUGGUCCAUAAUGGUGAAAAGCCCUUCGAAUGCGAGAAGUGCCACAUGAAGUUCAGACGCCGCCACCACUUGAUGAACCACAAGUGCGGUGUUCAAUCGCCCAUCACUCCAGCCUUGAGCCCAGCCAUGAGCGGUGACUACAACAUCAUGAACUGUGACCAAAAGUCCUUCUAUGGCUCUGAGGAAUCAAUGGAAGUCACCAAGCCAUCCUUGGUCAGCCAUUCGAUCAUGCACUUGGCCGGCAUUUCUCACAUGGAAGAAGAAGCUCCUUUGGAUUUGUCCGAAGAUGGUAGCCAAACCGAUGAAACUGAGGCCAUGCGUUUCCGCAAAGCAAAUGACAUUCGCCGUGUCUUCCGCUUGCCUCCCCCACAAAUUAUGCAUGUGCCCAGCGAUAUGCCCGAACAAACUGAACCCGAGGAUUUGAGCAUGCAUUCGCCACGCAACCAUGUUGCCUCGAAUCCCUCAUCGGCUGCCCAAAGCCCCGAACCCAUGCUCAUGAUGCAAGACGAUUUGGAUUUGGAUGAAUUGGAUGAUGCUGCCACCAUGUAUAUGCGCCAACAACAGCAACAACUCAAACAUGAGCGUAUGGAAUAA